AUGGAAGCCGCUAACCUUUCAGUGGCCACCGCCGGCGUUGCCCCUGCCCUGGGACCCGAGACCAGCAGCAGUACCCCAAGCCCGAGAGGGAUACUCAGUUCGACCCCGAGUGGUGCCGUCCUGCCGGGUCGAGGGCCGCCCUUCUCUGUCUUCACGGUCCUGGUGGUGACGCUGCUAGUGCUGCUGAUCGCCGCCACUUUCCUGUGGAACCUGCUGGUUCUGGUCACCAUCCUGCGGGUCCGUGCCUUCCAUCGCGUGCCGCAUAACUUGGUGGCCUCGACGGCCGUCUCGGACGUACUAGUGGCAGCGCUGGUGAUGCCACUGAGCCUGGUGAGGGAGCUGUCGACCGGGCGACGUUGGCUGCUGGGCCAGGGCCUGUGCCACGUGUGGAUCUCCUUCGGGCUGUGCUGCACCGCCAGCAUCCGGAACGUGGCGGCCAUCGCCCUGGACCGCUACUGGACCAUCACACGCCACCGGCAGUACACGCUGCGCACCCGCAGCCGCGCCUCGUGGCUCAUGAUCGCGCUCACCUGGGUGCUGCCGGCGCUCAUCGCCCUCGCGCCGCUGCUCUUUGGCUGGGGCGAGGUGUACGACGCUGGGCUCCAGCGCUGCCAGGUGAGCCAGGAACGCUCCUAUGCCGUCUUCUCCACCUGCGGCGCCUUCUACCUGCCGCUUGGCGUGGUGCUAUUUGUCUACUGGAAGAUCUACAAGGCGGCCAGGUUUCGUUUCGGCCGCCGCCGGAGAGCUGUGCUGCCGUUGCCGGCCACCGUGCAGGUAAAGGAAGCACCUGAUGAGGCUGAAGUGGUGUUCACGGCACAUUGCAAAGCAACGGUGUCCUUCCAGGUGAGCGGGGACUCCUGGCGGGAGCAGAAGGAGAGGCGAGCAGCCAUGAUGGUGGGAAUUCUGAUUGGCGUGUUUGUGCUGUGCUGGAUCCCCUUCUUCCUGAGGGAACUCAUCAGCCCACUCUGUGCCUGCAGCCUGCCCCCCAUCUGGAAAAGCAUAUUUCUGUGUCUUGGCUACUCCAAUUCUUUCUUCAACCCCCUGAUUUACACAGCUUUUAACAAGAACUACAGCAAUGCUUUCAAGAGCCUCUUUACUAAGCAGAGAUGA